AUGGCAAAACUCUCUGCACGACUGGAUCGCCUAAGCUCCACCAUCGAAGAUUUGAUGCGCAUCGGCGGAACCCCAGGGCUCUCGCUGGCAGUCAUGUCGAGUGGAAGCACAGUUUACGAGUCAAGCUUUGGUGUCCGAGACAAAGAAGCUGGUCUACCCGUCACUGAUGAAACAAUAUUUCCUUUGUGCUCGUUGACAAAGGCUCUGACUGCCUCUGCGAUGGCGAUUCUUGUCGACGAGGGUAAACUCACCUGGGAUACACUGGUGAAAGACGUUCUUCCAUUCUUUGAUUCAAGAGACGAGACGACGCAGAAUCACUUGACUAUAACCGACAUCCUAUCUCAUCGAUCAGGCAUGGCUUGGGCUGGUAACGUGGUCCUCGGUACCGAGAACAACAUCCUCAUUUCGAAAAAGGAUGGACUGAAAUACAUAAGUUCACAACGGCGGCUUCUUCCCUUCCGGACAGGAAUGUCCUAUAACAAUCUUGGAUAUAAUCUCGCAGGUUAUGUCAUCGAGGAAGUCAGUGGCGUUUCGUGGUUUGAGUUUGUACAGAGCCGUAUUCUCGACCCCCUUGGCUUGGAUCGAACCUACCUCAAGGCUCCACCAUCGGACAUCGGAAAUGUCACUCAGUGCUACAAUACACUUGACGAUGGCUCUGCCACUCAGAUUCCUCACCCUAAGGGAGGCCAAAAUUGGUUUGGAGGACCAAGUGGUGGCGCAUGGUCCUGUGUUCGUGAUCUGUUGAAGCUAUACAAAACGUUCACCACUAGCUUUGAAGAUCAGUUCACCACCGGGGAAAAAGCAACAGAAAACUCCCCUUUCAGACAAGUUUCGUUUCUCACUUCCGCCAAAAUCCCUAUGGAUCAACCCUCUAGGAACGAGCUAUCAUACGCAUUAGGAUGGGUCAGAGCCCAGCUUCCCAACCGGCUAGGUCAGAUCGGAAUCAAUCCUGGUCUAAUGCCCAAUGGUAUGCCUACCGUUGGGAAAGGUGUCCCCUCACAGCUUGCCCUUUUUCACCAGGGCAGCCUACCUGGCGCCCUCUCAAUCGUGAUUCUACUUCCAGACACGAACAAUGUUAUUGUUGUUCUAUCCAACUCUUUGGCCCUAAAUGAUGUUCCUGACUGGGUUGGCCAACUCAUCCUUGAAGAGGUGCUCGGGGUUCCAGAAUCAGAGAGAAACAAUUACCUCGAAGCAGCUCAUACCUCAGUCGCUGAAAAUUUGAAGUGGUAUCCAGCGCUGGUGGAGGAGCUAAACAAUGCUCGGAAGAACGGAACAUCACCACGAGCACUGGAGGAGUAUGUUGGUACUUACUGGGAUAACAUUAAUGUGUUUAAAAUUGUUGUGGAUUUGGUGGACAACAAGCUUUACUGGAGACUGCAAGGGCUGGAUUCAGAAAGGUUCCAACUUGAACACUAUGAAGAUGAUACCUUUACUUGGCUACUUCCGCGAAACGAGUUAUCUAGACGUGGCCGCUGGGUGGAAUCAGACCAAGGGCCAGCUUUCUGGAAAGCUGUAUUUGAAUACAGUGACAAUGGGGAAAUUGACAAGUUGCUUUGGGCACACGAUACCGGCGUCCCGCCACUGCAGUUAACGAAGGAAAGCAGCAAGGUAUAA